AUGAUGACCCACUUUGUUCACGUCUAUGUCUUACUUCUCGGAUAUUUUCUUCUAAACGAUGCGAGUAAACCGGAUGAUCCUUUGCAAGGAACGAAUCCUGUGUGUGCUGAUAUUUGCGCUUCAUCCGAAGCUCAUGUCGAAUUAGAUCUGAGUGAGCCACGGAUUCAAAGAGAAAAUGAACGUGCUCAAGUUACACUUCAUCCGACAGGUAGUGGCCGUUGUCGAGAGCCGGCUUUACUGGAAAUACCUUUGAGUAAACUCGGGCCACACGGAAUUGUCAAGUUUGAUCUGAGCUUUGGUCCUGUUUUACAUAAUUACAGUAUUGAUAUCGGAUUUACUUAUGAAGAAAAUACAACAGUUCAUAGUGUGAAUAUCUUUAAUCAGCAGGUUUCAAUCGAAUAUCGCUUGAAUAACGAACAGCAUAUUGAUAUCUCUGAACAAUCAGUUACCCUACUUGAACCAGGAGAAGAUUUAACAAUCUACAUAUCGAAUGAAUGGAUACAAAUUGAAAACAAACUUCGCCAACAUCCAAAGUUAACUGUUCAGUUCAAUCGAACGGAUGCUCUAUUUUUCAAUCCCAAUGCUUCUCAUUUAUCAGUUGGUCUCAAUCGUAAUAUCAAUGGAAAGCAAACUGGUAUCGGUCUCUGUUUCGCAAACUUAACAUUCAUCGAAUGUUUUGCAGAUAAAGAAUCUGCAUUGGACAUCGACGUGAAUAACAAAACAUAUGUGCAGCGAGAUCUUGAAAAUAUCAACUGGAUUAGUCAUUUAACAUAUCUUGAUCCGAAUGCUGAUGUUCGAGAAUGUACCGCACAAGGUGUUGUUCGAUUAACUUUUGAUCCGUUUGGAUCACGACGUAUUGCUCGAUUUGAUCUAAGCAUGGGCUCACAAAUUCACGGUUUUACAUUUAAUAUCGGUGAUUCAGCCACCAAUAAUGGCUACGGAGGUGAUGGUGGCACAACAUCGAAUUCUGCUGAAAUUCACUCGAAUGAUAAUCGAUUUUAUAUUUGGGCAAAUACAAAAAUAUGUGGCGAUACACUUCUCUUAAAGAUCGACUAUAAUGUUAUUGAACCAUUCGACAAUAUAACAAUUCUUGUUAGUAACGAACGAGUUGAACUAACUAACCAUCGGUCAUAUCAUCAAAUACUGUCUAAUCCUUAUUUAUAUGCACUUGCGAGACAAAAUGUCACGUGUAAUUGUUUCGAUUCGCUUUGUUAUCCUGGUGUUCAACCUGAUAAUGAUAUCUAUUUCGGUAUCAAUCGCGUUAUCGGCGGCACUUACCGACCAGGCACUGGUGUGUGUGAUGCAAAUGUCAACUGGAUUCAAUGUAAAAAGAUCGAUGUCUCACCACGAAAUAAAUAUGAACCAGUCACUACACCCGAACUGACAACAACAACAACAACAACAACAACUAUCAUUUCGAGUACAAUACCAAUCGAUAUCACAAUGAAGUUACCCGAGCAUUCAACUGAAGUAAUAAAUCAUAUGGAAAUAAGUUUGUUAACAAUGACUACGGAAGGAAAUAAUCAAAAUGACACAUUGGCAUCAAUUGGAUCAACGAUGAUUUAUUCCGAUGAAACAACGACCGAACAACACAUCAUCACUUCGACGGAAAACCAAGUUGACUAUAUGACAACCACUGAUAUCGAUACUCGCCAACCGAUUGAAUUGACAAGUCAAUUAUCUAGUGUAUAUGAAGCGACAUCGUCAACACCACGUCUAAUUCAUUUAUUAACUAAUUCAUCACAAUUUCUAACGACCGAAGAAAUAACUCAACGUACAACAGCAACAACAAUAACAACAACUGAAAUUGCAACACACUUAACAACCAGUUUCAAUCCAUGUACAUUAGAAAAUCUCCGUGCUAACUUUGUCUACCAUGAAUAUCCAUUAGAUAAACACAAAUUCGUCUUUUGCGAUAGUGAAGGUAAAAUGAACAUCAUCGCCUGUUCGCCCAAUUAUGUUUGGUCUCAAAGUGAACAAUCAUGCGUUUUGCCUGGAUGA